CGAUAGUAUCAUCCGAAUCUACAGAUGUAGCAGUUUCAACUUCAUCAAAUUCAGUAACUUCAGCUCUAUUAACUUCAGGGGCUCCAACACCGACUCGGACUUCGUUAACUUCGGCCCCGACCCAGUUAAUCUCAACAACUUCGUUAUCAAUAGGAUUACAGUUGUCAUCAAUCGCCAAUUUAUUUUCUACUGCAACUUCUGCAAAUACUGCAAAGCAAACUAACUCAGGCACAAGCACAGGAACAUACUCGUCAUCUAAUCAAAUUCAAUGCGGAAAAAAAUUCAGAACCCCACAAUGUUCGGCAUGCGAAUAUACGAUCUUUCAGAUUAUAAUGAUGAAAACUCAUCCUUGUAGUAUUACAAAAUUUAUAAAUGUUACAUACGACGGCUCGAAUUCGGGAAUAUUUGAUGCAGAAUGCCCAAAACAAUGUGAUGAACAACAAUCCAGAUUUGGCAGGCAUUUUACAAGUCAAUACCUGAAAAAAAAUAGUUAUUGCUUAAAGAAUACUGCAGCAACAGAAUAUUGCUAUACUACGUGUCAAAAUCAAGUUAGAGACUACAUGUCCAGUAAAUUAAAGCAAGAUCAAUGGAGUCUUCCAAAAGUAUUCUUUAACAUUGAUCCACCAAACGCUAUCUUAUCAUAUGACGCUGAUUUUUAUUCAAGCUCGAGUAUCAAAGAUGUGAUUCUUCCAAGGGAAAUUCUAUGUGGAGAAUGUUAUCAGAAUAUAUCUAAAAUUUGGAUUGAUUUUUUAGAAAAUCAUCCAUCAACAAUUGAUCCAGCAAAAAAAGAAUUUGAUGAUGUAACGAAUAUUUUGAAAGGAAAUUUCAGUAAAACAUGUAAUACGAAUAAUAGCAAUAGUAGUGAUAGCGACGGUAGUGAAAUUAGUAUUGAAAAUCGAUUCCAAUAUACUUUUUUAUCUAUGUUAUUAUGCUGGCUAGUUCAAUAUUUGUUUUAG